AUGUAUUUGAAAGUAAUUAUUGUGUCCCUUUUAAUAUUGGUUGUCGGAACACUUGUGGGCUUCUUAGCAUUUCCCAUGCUACUAGAACACUUAAUUAGGCGGCAAAUCAACUUGAAAGAAGGCAGUGAUACGAGACAGAUCUGGGAGAAAAUGCCCUUCCCCAUGAGUUUUAAGGUUUUUGUUUUUAACGUGACCAAUGCAGUGGACAUUGAAGAUGGUGAAAUGCCCGAGCUACAAGAAGUAGGACCGUUUGUAUUUGAGGAGUGGAAGGAUAAGUACAACAUUGAGGAUAACGAAGCUGAGGACACGGUUAGUUUUAAUAUGCGUAACACGUUCAAACUGCGCUCUGAUCUGGGAUUAAGUGGUGAGGAGCUUAUAACGAUGCCACAACCCUUGUUGCAAUUCAUGGCUAUUUCCGUGCAAAACCAGCAGCCAGACAUGUUAACAGCUACGGCAGUGGGACUUGAUGUGAUUUUUAAACCGACGAGCGCCUUCAUAACCGCCCCCUUUAUGGAUCUCUUUUACCGGGGCAUUGAUGUCGAUUGUGCGCAGGAACAACCAGCAGCUCAGGCCAUAUGCCAGACCUUUUACAAAGGCGAUGUUCAUGGAGCUGUCCAACAAAAUGCAACACACUUUAAGUUUUCAUUUAUGGGCGCGGGCAACCACAGCAAUGCCGGACGCUUUACAGUUUCCCGAGGGUCCGGAAACCGCCAUAGCAGCACCGUCGGUCAGGUACUGCUGUUUAACGAACAGGAUAAACUGCAGGUGUGGUCCGAAGGAUUGGGGAACAGCAGCUGCAAUCAGUUUCGUGGCACAGAUGGAACUGUAUUUGCUCCCUACAUGCGUCGGCAGGAAGGCCUCUGGAGCUACUCACCUCAACUAUGUCGCUCGCUGUCCCCCCAUAUGGUAGGCAAGGUUAACUAUAACUUGCUGCCGGCAUAUCGCUACGAGUUGGACUUUGGUGAUGCAAGCCUUGAUACGGAUUCGAACUGCUUCUGUAAAGCGUAUCCCUUUGACUGUCCAGUGGCAGGCACAGUCGACUUGUCUCGAUGCACGGGCACACCAAUGGUAGCCUCCUUACCACAUUUCUAUAAGGCCGAUAUGCAACUAGUGCAUCAAGUGAAGGGACUUAGUCCAUCAGCUCAAAAACACAGCAGCGUUAUAAUAUUUGAGCGGUUAUCGGGUACCGUUCUCUCUGUGUAUAAUCGUUUGCAGUUCAGCUUAAAUGUUGAGCCUGUGUCGGCUAUUCCAGUCAUGUCGAAGCUGCGAAAUUUGACCAUGCCGUUAUUUUGGAUCGAGGAGUCCAUGCAAUUGAACAAGGACUUCACCAACACACUGCAAAAGCAACUAUUUUCUCCCAUUAAGUUCAACAAUGUGUUCCGAUGGUUGGCCAUCGCACUGGGAACCUUGGGCUUUGCAAUGGGUGCACUUUUAUUGCAUCUGCGACGUAAUGAUGUCAAACGAGUGGCGCACAGCAUCGAGGGUGCGAGCGUCGAGGACGAUAAAAAUUAA